AGGGCAUAGAUGCAAGGCAACAGAUUCUAUAUAUACUGUACAUCGAUAAUGUGGGUUACUGAAAUGUACAGGUUAGAAUAUAUUUUGAAUAUUGCAUUGUGUUCUGGUUAGUUUUAGAGGUUUAACAGAAGAGCAACAUGACACACUGUAAAAAGAAUAGUUUUAGGAAACAUAAAAGAAAUGUUACUGAUGCGCAAAUCAUUGAAAAAUACAGAUGGAUAAAGCCAGAAGAUUUGGUUCUCUUUAAGGAAGGACUCGAUGAAAGAUGACAGAAGAAGUUAUUGUUAUUGCUAAAUGGGAUUACACAGCACAGCAAGAUCAAGAACUUGACAUCAAGAAAAAUGAGCGAUUAUGGCUGCUGGAUGAUUCUAAAACUUGGUGGAGAGUGAGAAAUACAUCAAACAAAACUGGUUAUGUUCCAUCAAACUAUGUAGAAAGAAAGAACAGCUUAAAAAAGGGGUCACUGGUGAAGAACAUUAAAGAUACAUUAGGUUUGGGUAAAGCAAAAAGAAAGACAAGUGCAAGAGAUGCUUCCCCUACACCAAGCACAGAUGCAGAGUUCUCAACAAAUGGUGGAAGUUUGGACCGUAUAUAUGAUUUGAAUAUACCAGCGUAUGUCAAAUUUGCUUAUGUGCCCGAGAGAGAUGAUGAGUUAUCGCUUGUGAAGGGAUCACGUGUUACUGUUAUGGAAAAAUGUAGUGAUGGUUGGUGGAGAGGUGGCUACAAUGGACAAGUUGGUUGGUUUCCAUCUAAUUAUGUUGUAGAAGAAGUUGACGAGGCCACUGCUGAUUCACCCAGUUUUUUCACUUCUAGACUGGGAGCAGCAGUCAGUAAUGGGCAAACCACAAAAGUACUUCAUGUGGUACAGACUCUUUACCCAUUCAGCUCUGUCACAGAGGAAGAACUAAAUUUUGAAAAGGGUGAAAUUAUGGAUGUCAUUGAGAAACCAGAGAAUGAUCCAGAAUGGUGGAAGUGUCAAAAUUCUAAAGGACAAAUUGGUCUUGUUCCCAAAAACUAUGUAGUUAUCUUAAAUGAUGGACCUCCUAUGGGCAGUUCACAUGCUUCUCAGAUUAGCUAUACUGGCCCAUCUUCAACAGGAAAGUUCGCUGGAAAGGAAUGGUACUAUGGUAAUGUCACACGGCAUCAGGCUGAAAUGGUUCUAAAUGAGAAGGGAAUUGAUGGUGACUUUCUUGUUAGAGAUAGUGAAUCAUCGCCAAGUGACCUGUCAAUAUCAUUAAAAGCAUCAGGAAAAAACAAACAUUUCAAGGUCCAGCUAGUAAAUGGAGUGUAUUGUAUUGGGCAACGUCGAUUUAACACAAUGGAUGAAUUGGUAGAACACUACAAAAAGGCACCUAUCUUCACAAGUGAACAUGGAGACAAGUUGUAUCUAAUCAAACCCCUGCAGUGAUAAAGGCUACAGACCUGGUGGUGACCAGGUUUUGCAAAGUCUUAGGUCUGAACAAUUAUAAAGAAUAAAGAUGUUUAAGAGGUUCUGAUACGUUGUUUUCUAUGGGUUUGCCUCUUAGUCAUUAAUUAUAUUUUUCUUUUGUAUUUUAUAUAUUUCCCCUGUUUAUUUGCCUGCUUGUCUUUAAUUCUAUUAAACAUGUUGCCUUCCAAAGGUUAUGUUGAACCUCUUCACUUUCUUAGUGUUCACUUUUGUACUCGCUUGGUCUAGAUUUUCCCAAAUGUACACUUAAUUAGCUAGAAAAUGGAUGAUUAGAAGAUGCUGUCCUUGAAACUGCAGUGUUAAUUAAUCCAAUUAAAACAUUCACUAAUUAUAUUCUUUUUGAGAAAGCUAUCGGGCACAGUUUAAAUGCACUGAAGCUACAGCUAAUUAAGAGAAAAUAGAUAUAACAAAUGUGGCACCAAGUACUGUACUUUUUGCUUAUGAAGUAGUUACUGAGGUUUCCUAGAAUCUAGAAGUGCUUUACUCUGUACUCUAUAUAAUUUUAAUUUCACAUAAAGAGUAUAUCAAUAAAAUUGUCAACACUUGUUAGACUACGAAGGAAGAUUGUAGAAAUAAGUGUAACAAAUUUUGAUCUGUAAUUUGCAUCUAGUAGAAAGUACACGCUUAGGAUUAAUGGAAAUCAGGUGUCUGUAAUGUAAGAAUCUGAACGGCAAUGUUAUCUGUGCUUUCAGCUGUGCCACUCUCAUUAUGCUUGUUUCUUGCAUCCUUAUGCUUGUUUCAAGUAAAUAAUACGUAUUUAAUUGUCACCAUAAUAUGUAGCAGGUUGUUGACACUAAUAAGUGAGAUUAAUAAAACUGAUCAUUUUGGGGGUUACUAGCA